ACAUUAUUUUCAUAUAAAUAGCAGCGUAAAAUUAAUCAAACUUAACAAACAAACUUCAACUAUUAAAUAACUUACCAAGUUAAACUAAUUGUUAAAUAAUUAAUCAACAUGUUGAUGAAAUUAGCAUUAUUGACCGUGGUGGUUUGCGCCGUUCAGGGCAAUACCGUUAACCGAUUCCUGGCCACCAUUGGCACCGGUGCUAACGAUGCGAACGCAUGCCUGACCACCCUUUUCACGGGCCCCUGUCAACGGGAAAUCAAGCCAACUGAACAGGAGCCAUACUAUUGCUGCGUGUUGUGGGAUGAGCUAGAUUGUUUCAAAGCCAACUACAAGACCGCCUGUACCGCAGCCGAUGCCGCAGAUCUCGAGAAAGUCUGGAAUAACAUUCAGCUGACAAUUUCGGGCACAAUUUACAGCGAGACCUCGUGUACUACUGAUCACUAUGGCGUUGAUCCGAUGCUGCAGAGCUCGAGUAACUAUGGAUUAACAUUGAGUGGACAAUUGCCGGCCAGGUUUACAGCGAGCCCUCGUGUACUACCGUCUAGUAUGCCUUUGAUGCCAACUGUACGGCAGUCGAUGCCGCAGAGCUCGAGUAACUAUGACAUAACAUUCAGAAGACAAUCGCCGGGCAAUACCGUUAACCGAUUGCUGGCCAGCAUUGGCACCGAUGCUAACGAUGCCAACACAUGUUUGGCCACAUUAUUCACCGGUCACUGUCAACGGGAAAUCAAGCCCAGCCAACAGGAGGCCUACUAUUGUUGCGUAUUGUGGGAUCUGCUAGAUUGUUGCAAAGCAAACUACAAGGCCGACUGUACGGCAGCCGAUGCCGCAAAUCUCGAGAAAGUCUGGGAUAACAUUCAGCUGACAAUCGCCGGUCAGGUUUACAGCGAGCCCUCGUGUACUGCCGAUCACUAUGGCGUCGAUGUGAGCAGGGACGUUUGCAAAGUUACUGUGUAAAUGUAGCAUUGUUAAUAAAAAUUCUAUAUUUUCUAUUUUCAAAAUAAA